CAUACAUGGAGACAUCUAGCUUCCACCGUGCGUUCAGUUGGUAAACUAAGGCUAUGAAUGAGAACAGCCAGGCGAGUGUUAUCGCCCGGAUAGGAGCCACUGUAUUUCUGGUUACAUUUAUAUGUGCUGGUCUCUUCACUUUGAAGUGUACAACUCGAACGAUCCAAUGGACGUAUACAUCAGAACCAAAUGUUCAAAUCACCCCGGCCAAACAAGUGAUUCUUUUAACUCAUGGCAGAUCUGGUUCGUCAUGGUUGGGAGAGCUCCUGAACUACAACCCUAAUGCCUUAUACUACUUUGAGCCUCUGCACGCUCUUAAAGAAGAUAUCCAAAGAAGGAGACAGUUCCUAUACACAACAGGGAAAACAGAACAAGCACCGGGUCCAAAAGACGCGACAGUAUCAAUACGGAUAACAGAAAAUUUCUUGAACUGCCACUUCGAAAAUGUCCCCCUCUCCGUGCUCGCUCCUGGCGGAUUAAAACACAGUUGGUUUACUAUAGGAGGGCGGCACCGCCAGAUGUCGAGGUUUAAGUCUUGUAUUUUAUACGAAACCGACGACCGGCCAUGCAUACCGCUGUUAACAUCUGCGUGCCAAAACGCCAGCAUCGUGUCAUUUAAAACCAUCCGAAUGACUUUACGGAUGACGGCGGGCAUGUUGGAGAGAAACCCGGCUCUGAAAAUCUUGUACUUAAUACGUGAUCCUAGAGCUACGAUGCUUUCGUCAUGGAAAACAUUUGAAAAGCUGAGGACCGAAACAAUAGCACCCGUUGGGAUAAAUUUGUUUAAUUUUAUACGGGGAUACUGCAAAAACGUAGGGGAUAACGCUAACAUGUAUCAAGAAAUGGAAACUAAGUUCCCUGGAAGAAUUCUUGUCAUUCGUUACGAGGAUGCCAUUAAAGAUCCCGUGCGAAAGGCAGAAGAAGUGUAUCAGUUUCUAGGACAUCGUAUGCCUUCAGAAGUAAGAGAUUUCGUACGGGAUAGCGCCUCAGCGAAAGAAGACAACGGUGUUUUUGGUACGUCACGUACGGAUCCCGCUCAGACUGCGUACAAGUGGGUUCCCACCAUCCCGUUGAAACUUGUGGAGCUUGUUGAGAACGAGUGCUCCCAUGGAAUGAAGUAUUUCAACUACACGCCAUAUGACAAACUUAGGAGUAAAUAUGAUGAAAUUUUAUCUCAACUUGAAUGAAGAACAGGAGUGAUCAUGAGCUCUUAACAGUCCACGCUGUAGGGAAGUUUUUUAUGGAAGUCGUCUCCAAGCCAGCCCCAUCUCGGAUCAUACUCUGCGUUCAACAAAUAGUAACGUAUUAAGACUUUUAAGUAACGUAUUAAGUGCUUUAAGAGGCAAUAUUUCAUCGGUGAUCAAUGCAAAAAGUACUAGCUUUUUAAUCUUUUUUUUUUUUUUGUUUGUUUGUUUGUUGUUGUUGUCUCUGUGAAAAAUAUUUUAAUGACCCUUUAUUUUAGGAGUGAAUUGUUGUGCACUGGGUAAAAAGAUAUAUUUUCUUUCUCGUCUCAAACCAAGGCCAUCAGGCAACAAAAAGUUUUAUCACGGCUAGUCCUGUUAAGAUACAUGUACUUCAGUGAUAAUCGAUUUUUUUAAAUCUGGUUUAUUUUACCCAGGUGCAAUUUACUCUCUUUGCCUUUAAGGCCAUUACAUCUGAACUAGUAGAUUCAUAUGAAAGCACCGUAUAGAUCUUUAAGAAGUAAAUAAGUUACAUUUUUAUAGUAGAUCUUCAUAGAUGCAUCAGUAUAAUGCCUUAUUUAUUUAUCUGAACUAGUACAAACGCGUUCAAUCGUAUUUUAUUUUAAGUUACAUGUUGUACAUGUACAUUUAAUGAAGCUGUAUUUCAUUGAUUUCAUGUGCAUUUCAUAGAUAUGCAAAAACGAUAUUUUCAUUCGCAUUUAAUUGCGUUUUAGCGAUUAUAGAUGUUAUAUGUGCAAUUACCACUAUAAAUUAUAUCUAUCGUACUUAUUAUAGAAGUGACAAAACAGUAUAUAUUUAUAUGCUCAGAUCGUGUUUUAGCGAUGCUUUAAGUUAUAUGUACCUGUGCAAAUGUAGACUUCAUGCAAAAAGGAAUAUAGAAUAAAUGUGAUAUGACUUAUUUAAUUUAUAGAUAUAAAUCAUAUAACUAAAUGACAUAUUCGUAUUAAAUGUGCAAAUAUUGUAUAAUCGCGUUAAAGCGAUUGUUUAUGUUCUCUGUGUCAUUAAAGAUAUGGGCUAUUAGUAUAUUUCAAAAAAAUUAAAUUGUCCUGAUGUGUAAUAUAUGUGUAGCAAACCAACGUUUUCAGAGGUACAUACAUGUACCUGUAAUCGUGAUUUAGCGAUUGUUUAAAGGGAUAAUAGCUCUUCGUGUGAGGUCUAUAUUUCCCAAUAAAAACUUUGUGAAUAACUCAUAGAAAUAUAAUAUAUUCUGUUUUACGACAAAAACGGCAGUUAUAGCUAUUAUUCUGAUAU